CGGCACUGCAGAAGCUCUGAACUCGUAAGCGUAUCGAUUUUUAUGAUUGUAGUGUCUGUUUCGGUAGUUUUAGUGUCGUUCCAUGGCAGAGUCAGUGAAUGGGGUGUUUAUAUAAGGCAAGACGAAUCAGUAUUGUGUGACUGAGAACGUUAGAAGAUGACGAAGGACAGAUUAGCUGCCCUUAAGGCGGCUCAGAGUGAUGAUGACGAUGUUGGACCUGAUGAUGUUGCUGUCAACGUCGAAGGAAGGGAUGGCUUCAUGGAUGAAUUUUUUGCAGAGGAGGCGCAGUCAACUGAUCGGGAUAGUGGAAAUGGAGGUGUUUCAGCAUAUGUCAGAAACUUGUUUCAGAGCUUGGUCCCUGGUGAAUCCUUCAGAAGGUUAUACAAUCGAUCUUCCAUGAAUUCGUUUUCUGAUUUCCAUUCAUUUUUGUCUAAGGUGGAAGAGAUUCGGGAGAUGAUAGACAAGAUACAAGCCAAUGUGGAAGAAGUGAAGAAAAAACACAGUGCCAUCCUCUCAGCUCCUCAGACUGAUGAGAAGGUCAAACAGGAGCUGGAGGAUUUAAUGGCUGAUAUUAAAAAAACUGCCAACAAAGUCCGUGCCAAAUUAAAAGUCAUAGAGCAAAACAUAGAACAAGAAGAACAUACAAAUAAGUCGUCUGCUGACUUGAGGAUACGAAAGACUCAGCAUUCGACACUGUCAAGAAAAUUUGUCGAAGUAAUGACGGAGUACAAUAGAACGCAGACAGAUUAUAGAGAACGAUGCAAGGGUAGGAUACAGAGGCAGCUAGAAAUAACUGGCAGAUCAACAACAAAUGAGGAGCUGGAAGAUAUGUUAGAGCAAGGAAACCCAGCUGUGUUCACACAAGGGAUAAUAAUGGAGACUCAGCAAGCCAAACAGACCCUAGCAGACAUUGAAGCAAGGCAUGCAGACAUCAUAAAAUUAGAAAACUCUAUUAGGGAACUGCAUGACAUGUUCAUGGACAUGGCAAUGUUAGUGGAAAGCCAGGAUGCAACAAUUGACAGGAUUCAGUAUCACGUUGACGAAGGUAGAGAAAAAGUGGAUAUCGCCAGUAAAACGUUAACCAAGGCUCGGCGAUUGCAUUCCAGUUUUACUAAGAAAAAGAUCCUGUUAAUAAUCUGCCUCGUAGUAGUCGCCAUCAUUUUAAUUAUUAUUUUGGCAGUCACUUUGAGCUGAAUGCCUGGUGAAAUAGUUACCUAAGACUCGCUUGCGUUAACCCCACGUCCCUAAAGUCUGUUGUGCCUGAAAAUCUGUUAAGGGAGAGCAUUUGUAAACAAUGUUACAGUGCAGGAAUCAAUUUCAUAAAGUAUUAGUUUUGGUAGGUAUUUACAACAUUUUGCACUGGGAAGUCUUGAAGUGUGAUGACAUCAGCUGGCUUUGCGAGGAAACUCUACCUUACAUGCUCGGGUGUGUGUGUUUUCUGUCCCUUGUUUGGAUUACUGAUGAAAUGUUCAGGACAUUGUGUAAUUAAUGUAUAGUAGUAAAUUAGUUAAAAUGAGAGUAAAUUAUGAUAUUUUCAUUACAACAACAAUAAUUUUGUAAUAUAUAAUUUGAAAAUGUUGAUAGCAAUAUGAAAAAGUGUGAUAAAUAUUUGAAUAUUCUUGCUUUGAAAGCAGAUGAUUGUAAUAAUACAGAAUACUUCUUAUAGCUGGCAGUUCAUAUGGUGGGCUAAUAAAUCCAGUUUUAUGAUAUUUGUUAAAAGGCAGUGUUGGAAAUAAUUAUGUUUAAAACUUGGAUGUUGAAAUGUAAUCAUGUUUCAUUAUACUUGCUGCUGCUCAAUAGCAUAAAUAAUAAUGAAGUUCCUAUUGUUUUAUGCCUCCUGUAAAUUUAUCAAGUUAUUCAUACUAUUUAAAACCUGUCGGUUCUCUGUCAACUAGACAGGUAAUACCUUUUUCUCCAUAAUUGGCUUUCUGGGGAAGUCUGAACAUGUUUGUACAGUUUUAAAGAAAAGAAUAAAAUGCCUAAUUACUCACUAGUUACAUUGAAAACUGCAAUGCCUUUUUUUUUACAUUAUUCUGUAUUGUGUUGUGUAUAAUUAAAAUACAAAACAUUCAUUAAAAAUGUAGAUUCGAAGUUGCUUCUACCUUAUUAGUUUCGCAAUAUAAAACAGCAAAUCAUUAAUGUAACAGUCUGCUGCCAUAGCAUGGUGGUGAGGCAACUAGAAGUACUAGUACCACUACUGCUGCAUGGCAGUGAGCAGUUUUUCAUCUCAUUUCUAUUACAUGAAACUGCCUGGAGUACCUCUUUUAUAAAAAUAAAACUAAUUACAUAGAGAUAUUUUCUGAUGCAUGUAGUAGGAUUCUUGAAAUGCCUUUUGCAUUAUAUUUAAGUCACAGCAUAGUAGAGAAAAGUUAACAGAACUAUUGACAGCAUUUUUCUAAGCAUUUAAAAUAUUUUAAUUAUUUUUACAGUCAAGUUGCAUUUUAUAAAAAUUAGAUGCUUUAUUUAUAUUUCAAUAUUUCUAUAUAAUUACUUUGUAUUUUUUUAUGAAGAAUUCAUCUUGAUUACUGUCCCAUAGAAAUAAUUUCUUCACUUGACAAGCUUUCCUGGUAGUGCAUUAUUUUUUGAAUCUCAUAAAAUGUGUUAAUCAAAAUUAAACAAUGUCAGAUGUGUCAUCAGUUGUGGCUGGGAGGAUAAUCUGCAAGCUCAUAUGUAGACUGGAAUGGUAAAAUAGUAUAUGUAUCACAUUGGAAAUACAUACAUCUUUCCAACCAUGAUAAAAUAUCACCAAAUGCAAAUACUUUUGAAUGUUUGUAGGUUUUAACUUAGUUAAAAUUUCACUUGUAUUGUAGUUUCAGUAUGCUGUGCAGGGAAAUUAUUAGUCACUAACAGAAAGGUUAAAAUUUAAAAGUUGUCAAUAAGCAGUGCCUUCUUUCCUUAAAUUUUUUUAUAAGACACAGGACAUUAUUUUUGUAUUUCAUACUAAGAUUUCUUAAUAUAGUGUAAUGAAUUUCAUGAAAGACAAUAAAUAGUAAACUGCAUAACUAAAUUAUUUUGAAUAAAUUUUUUCAAAGUGGUCAAGACACCAUCAUGAGCCCAGCAGAGUGAAAAUAUCAGCCAAGGAGUA